CGCUGCCGUCCGCACGGUCUGCACCUUGACUCGGACCGAAGCGCGCCGCGGCUCUGAGGUGCGGGUCAGGACUCCCGUCUGUCUUCCGUCCCGUUUCGUCGCCGCCGUGUCGCCUGCCCAGUGCUGCAUUUCGCGAUGGCGCAGGAGAAUCUGUCCGUGGUGCUGUACUCUCAGGGAGACCUCAGGCUGGAAAAGCGCCCCGUCCCGGAGCCAGGACCUAAUGAGGUCUUGCUCCAGAUGCACUCUGUUGGAAUCUGUGGAUCUGAUGUUCACUACUGGCAGCACGGCCGAAUCGGGGACUUUGUGGUCACAAAACCGAUGGUGUUGGGGCACGAGGCGUCAGGGCGGGUGGUGAAGAUCGGGUCGGCAGUCAAGCACCUUAAAGCAGGGGACAGGGUGGCCAUUGAGCCUGGUGUGCCCCGCGAGACGGACGAGUUCUUCAAAAACGGACGAUAUAACCUGUCUCCCACCAUCUUCUUCUGUGCCACACCCCCCGACGAUGGAAACCUGUGCAGAUACUACACGCACAGUGCCAACUUCUGUUACAAGUUGCCUGAUAACGUGACAUUUGAGGAGGGAGCGCUGAUCGAACCUCUGUCGGUGGGGAUCCAUGCCUGUCGCAGAGCCGGCGUCACGCUCGGCAGUACCGUGUUCAUCUGUGGUGCAGGACCUAUUGGAUUGGUCUGUUUGCUUGUGGCCAAGGCAAUGGGGGCCUCAAAGGUCGUCAUCACCGAUCUGUUUCCAGAGCGUCUGACAGUGGCCAAAGAGCUGGGUGCAGACUUCCAGCUGACAGUGAAGAGAGGCGAUGGACCCCAGCAGCUCGCCAAGAGUGUAGAGGACCUUCUUGGAACUCAGCCUCACAUCACUAUUGAAUGCACUGGUGUUGAGAGCAGCAUCCAGACUGCCAUCUAUGCAACAGGUUCAGGAGGUGUGGUGGUUCUGGUGGGUCUCGGCUCAGAGAUGGUCACUGUUCCUCUGAUCAACGCUGCUGUGAGAGAAGUGGACAUCAGGGGAGUCUUCCGCUACUGCAACACCUGGCCGAUGGCCAUAGCAAUGCUGGCGUCAGGUAAAGUGAAUGUGAAGCCUCUCGUGACCCACCGUUACCCCCUGGAGCAGGCAGUCCAGGCCUUUGAGACCACGCGUCAGGGUCUUGGGAUAAAGGUCAUGUUAAAGUGUGACCAGAACGACCAGAACCCCUGAUGUGACCCGCCGCAGUGAAACAACACAGACUGAGUGAGAGCGACUUAGCGUGACAGGCAGAAAUCCACAAACUGGACAUUGACCCUGAGAAAAACAACAGAGCUAGUUUAAAGAGACACACACUAUCAACAGCACUGACUGCUGUACCGCCUGCAGGUCAGACAUGUGAUUAGCAUCCAAUGGUACGUGUAAUUAAUUUAUGAUGCUCAACUUUGUUAUACUGAAUAACCAACAUUUUAAUUGCUUUAUGAUUGUAUAUGAUUUGUAAUUUUCUUACAUUUGGAAUUUAGGAUAAUUUUAAACAGUGCCACAUAUUAAAUAAACUCUUUAAAUCAUAAAAUAAAAAUUACAAAGUGCGUUGCAUUUCUUUAAUAAUGUUUCUUCAUUUACAGAGCCUGCAUUUCAUAGUUUUAGGCAUUAGGUGGAACCAGAGGCUCAAAUUGGAACCAUUAGUAGGCAAUUGUACCAAUUCCAUGUAUAGCACUAAUAUACUGUAUGCACAUUAAUUAGUUGUCAUGCUAUACUGUUUUUAUAGUUAGUAUAAUAGAAAUCGAUGUACUUUGCAGCGCAGGAAACAAGGAGGCAAGUCAUGCUCAGAUUCACGUCAAUCAAGCUGCCACUUUAGAAGGCCAUUGUCAAUUUAAAUUUAUUUAAAAAAAAUGGUGACUUUGGAA